GAAAGUGGUAUUAAUGUUCCAUGUGUUACAGAUCACAGAUUGCUUGAAUGUCAGAUUUUGAUGUUAAAUUGAUAAUUAUUGUCCUUUUUAUGUUGCAGCUUUUUUAUUCUCCAAUGCGUGAUGCAGAUGCUGCACAGGAUCUGCUCAACGAUGCAGAGAAACAGGCUUUCUUUCUUAUGACAAAUAUCAGAAUAGUAUUAGUGAAAUUCAUUACACCAAGUGGGUUUGACCUAGAGUCAGUUACAGAAUCACUCAAGAGGGGUUUCUACUUUACCGUGUCAGACUGGGACGUGUUAGCUUCCUGCCACUGCAAUGGACAGGCUUCAGAGUGUGAUCCAGAGGACUUUUCCAAGUGUAAAUGUGAGAGGAACACUGCUGGGUCUAACUGCGAGAAGUGUUUGCCUCUUUUCAACAACAAGCCUUAUCGAAUGCGUGAAGCUUGUGAAGCAUGUGAGUGUAACAAUCAUGCCGAUAGCUGCACAUAUAAUGAAACUAAAGGAUAUGGAGUUUGUGAUGAUUGCAAACACAACACAGUCGGGGAUAACUGUGAGCUCUGCAAAGUGUCCUUUUACAGAAAUGCAGCUGUUCCUCAAAAUGACUCGAACACUUGUCUUGCAUGUGCAUGUAAUGUACCUGGUUUAAACAGUUCAGCAGACAGCUCACGGUGUGACGUUAAUACUGGCCAGUGUGAUUGUAAGAGUCAUGUUACAGGAAGGGCCUGUGAUGUGUGCCGUGAUACAUACUGGAAAUUAAGUGCAAGCAAUGAGGCAGGCUGUGAAGGAUGUCAGUGUAACUUAACCGGGACAGUGAACAGUUCUGAUGUGUGUGAUAAAGUGUCUGGUCAGUGCCCCUGUAAAGAAUUAUUGACUGGGCGGACUUGCAAUCAGUGCCAGGAUGGGUACUAUGGUUUGACUUCUCAAAAUCCUGGUUGUACUGCUUGCAACUGCGACCUGGCUGGCUCGGUCAAUACGUCUUGUUCCUCAUCUGGUCAGUGCUACUGCCGACCAAGAUUCUCUGGUGUCAAAUGUGAUGUGAUUGAUUCAGGAUUCUUUGUGCCAAGUGUAGAUUUCGUGACAUUCCAAGCUGAGGAUGCUACACCUAGGACUCCACCAGCAAAGAGGAUCAAUUACACAACAAUCACUAACACUGCUGGCGACAGUGUUCUAGUAGUGGGUGUGAUACUAAAUGAGGGUGCCAACAACCUAUCUUCAACUAAGCUUGACUUCACAGUAAACAUUCCAAAAACUGGAUUUUUUAAUUUUGUUCUGCGAUACAUGACAAAUUAUGACUGGAGUUUGAUUAAGAUAACUGCUUUGCUACGAACAGCUUUUACUCCAUUUUCCUGCAACAACAAUGUUCAGAUCACCAGCAAUGAACCAUACAUUCUUAACAAAGCAGUAUCAUCUGGGAAUGAAGCUAUUGAUUAUGGCAGUCAAUGCUUGUCGGCUGGUCAGUAUCUUGUCACACUUGAAAUUCCAUCUGGGAGUGCUCUGCAAGCUGCUGUGUCCAGCCGACGGAGGCGAAGAGCAUUGCCAGAUGCAGAAAUUGUGGUGGACUCAAUUGUGGUCAUGCCGACUGUUCCAGAGUAUGAGGCAUUCCAGGAAGCUUCUGCUGAAGUGCAAGAAAAUAUGACAAUUUAUUACAACUCGUCAGCUUCAUUGCGUACAUGGUCAGCAAAUUCUGAAGAAGGCAGCCGUGCACUUUCCCCAGUGUUUGGUGACAUCUUUGGUGAAGGACAAAGUUGCAACUGUAGCUCAGUAGGAUCUAACAACCCUGAGGAAUGUGACAGAAAUGGAGGGCAGUGUUCCUGCAAGCCUAAUGUGAUUGGUCGUACAUGUCAUCAGUGCAGGCCUGAUUACUUUAAUUUCAGCUCUGGCCAAGGCUGCCAAGCAUGUGCCUGCAGUGUGAUUGGUGCAAAUGAAAGUUCUUGCCAUCUGGAGACAGGACAGUGUUCGUGUAGGGAAAAUGUGGUUGGCCUGCAUUGUGAUAGCUGCCAGACAAAUUUCUAUGAUUUCAACAGUGGUGCAGGCUGUUCUCCCUGUAAUUGCAACCCUGUGUACUCUAGCAACCUUCAGUGUGACGGCAACAGUGGUAUUUGCAGCUGCAAGCCUGGUAUAAAUGGUGGGAAAUGUACAGGAUGCGCCGAUCAGUUUUACAAUCUCACAAAUCAAGGUUGUAUGCCAUGUGAAUGUAAUCUUGCAGGAAGUAUGAAUCCUGUUUGUAACAAGACAACUGGCCAAUGCCCUUGCAAGGAGCAUUCUGUUGGCCAUCAAUGCGACACUUGUCCUUCUGGCUAUUAUGGUUUAAGUGUCAACAAUUCCGAGGGUUGUCUGAAAUGCCAGUGUUCAAAUAAGUCAUCAAACUGCUUGAGCGACCAAGGAUGGUUUGUUUCACAGAUAACCACAAAUCUGUCUGUCUUUUCAUCCAAUGCUGAUUUUGAUAACUGGACUGCGAAUAACAGUGCUGGGGACCCAGUAGAGCUUGAGCUGGAUUGGAUCGUAACAAUUAGCAUCGAGAAAGGAUCAUUGAAAGUUGACACAGCUGGUUCAGAGGAUGUGUAUUUUGUUGCACCUGAUAAGUACCUUGGAGACCAGAGAUUUGCAUACUCGUUUGCAUUGUCCUUCCAUUUACAGCAGGACAAUGCGUCAAGCCCUGCAGCAUCGUCCAAGGGUGAUGUUAUUCUGGAAGGCAAGUGGUUUGACCAGCCACUCGUCACUAGCCUUGCUACUCCUCCGCCUGGUGGAAAUACUUUUGAAAAAUACGAGGUUAAACUUUUUGAGAGUAACUGGAGAGUGGGAAACACGUCUGGACGACAGCCCACUAGCGAUGAAAUGAUACGAGUCUUGAGUCAUUUGACAUCACUGCGUAUCAGAGCCAAGUGGACAACACUAACAACUCAGCAAUUCAGCCGGUUGGCGGACAUUGCUUUGACUGUCAGCAGCAGGAAAAGUGGAGAAGAAAAUGCUUCAAAUGUGGAGACUUGUUCAUGCCCUCCAGAGUACGAUGGUCAGUUCUGUGAACAGUGUGCCAGCGGAUACACGCGUGUCACGCCAAAUGGAGGACCAUAUGUCACGUGUGUACCAUGCCAGUGUAAUGGACACUCAAACUCGUGUCAUCCCGAGACUGGUGUGUGUAUGGACUGUCAACACAACACUACAGGUGAUCAUUGCGAAAAGUGCUCUGAUGGUUGGUAUGGUAACGCUACUAAUGGAACACCCGAGGACUGUAGCCCUUGCCCGUGUCCCGCGGGACCAAAUGCCGUGAAUCAGUUUGCCCGAACCUGCGUACUUUCAAAUGAUGGUCUGCCAACCUGUAUUAACUGCUCAGCGGGUCAUGAAGGAAGAUACUGUGACAGGUGCAUGGAUGGCUACUUUGGACGGCCGAGGGAACAAGAUGGCGAGUGUCGCAAGUGCGCGUGCAGUGGCAACAUAGACCUUGAUUCCAGAGGUAACUGUAACACCACGACUGGACAGUGUCUCAAGUGUCUUUAUAAUACGACUGGAUUCAACUGCCAGUGGUGUGCGCCGGAAUUCCACGGAAAUGCAUUAAAUAAAACUUGCUCACGUUGUAACUGUUCGUCUGUUGGCGCCGUCAGUAACGUGUGCAACAACGUGACUGGCUCGUGUUACUGCCAGCCGUAUGUCACGGGCAGGUUGUGUGACAGGUGUGAAGAGAAUGCCUUCAAUUACACUGAGUAUGGCUGUAUGCCUUGUAACUGUAACAGCGAUGGAUCAGAUGAUCUGCAGUGUGACUCGUUGCACGGUAACUGCAGCUGUAAGCCAAACGUGAUUGGUCGCAAGUGUGACAUGUGCGAUGCAGACUUCUUUGAUGUCACACGUAGUUGUUUAGAAUGCAAUUGCGUAGCAAACCAAACUGUUGCCAACACCACAUGUGACGCUGAGAGCGGUCAGUGUGAGUGCAGUGUCAGUUUAGCAGGAGGACUGUACGGCGGCAGGCAGUGUGACACAUGCGCCAAGCGCACCGUGGGGACUCCACCCAUGUGUCACCCGUGCACGGAAGACUGUUAUUUGAACUGGGAAAUCAUUAUCACUAGAGAGACGAGCAAAGUUGACGAGCUGAAUGGUAAUGUAACUGAACUGCUGGAAUCAUUCGGGAGCAUGUCAGUGGACAGUAUCAACAAGACGCUUCAGAUGUUAAAAACCAAUGUGUCUUAUGCAGAAGAGAUAUUCAGUAGUGGUGGAAGAGAGAAUUUGCAGAAGAAACAACAACAAAUCAACAGGAUUCAAAGCUCCAUCAGUUCACUCCAGCUGGAACUGAACGAUUCUCAAAGUUUCAUUGAAGACGCACAGACCUACCUCUCAGAACAUGUGGUCGACUUUAACGGAAGCGUUAGAAUCGUACCCGCUAUCCCUUCCAUGUACCCAUCAUUCCCUGUGGUUUGCCCCAGCGGGGGAGGGGUGAGUGUGAUCGUGGACUGGCAAUGCAUUGAAGCCAUGGCAACGAGUUACCGUCAGAGAGCUAUGCAAGCUAAUGAAUCAGGACACGCGAACUAUAGCAGUAUCCAAAGCAGUUACAGUAUGAUUCAGUUGGCGAACUCCACGGCUCACCGUGCAGCUGCGCAAAUCAGUGUUUCUUUGGACCAACUAAGGCUGGUUUCAUCUCUAAGAGAAGAAGUCGAGUCAGACCUUGGGAGCGACUUUCAGAGUUUAUACCGUAACAAUUCCUUGAGGCUAGAGGAAAUCAGAAGAAUCAACGAUCUGUUACAGGAGCUCGUGUCGCAGGCUGAAAAUUUCGGCGAGCAAGCAAAUGUUAAUUUGACAAUGGCUAUGGAUACGGCAACUCGAGCCAAGAACGAGGCAGGUCAACGAAGACGAGAAGCACAGAUUGCACGGCACAAUGCCACUAACGCUCAUUCGGAUGCUAUGCAAGUUAACCGUGAAGCAGAAAACGCCUUGGAUACAGCUAUGGAGUUUAACGAAAAUGCAACAAGGGUGCUCAGACAAACGCAAGAUGCCAUCAGUAACGUAACAUCAGGAAUAAAUACAAUAGCCAGGGUCAAUAACAUGACAGACGAAGCGACCAACAUCGCAGAUGAAGUGCGCGCCAUGACCAUGCCAGUUAGUCUGCAGCAGAUCCAGAACUUGACUGAUCAGAUCCUCAACACGAACGUCAGCCAAGAAAUGGUAAACCAGACUUUGGAAGCUGCACAGGAGGGUCUUAAACAAGCCAGGGAAGUGGAAGCACUCUCACAAAGGGCCAUAAACGUGGCUCAAGAGACUCUCAACCAAGUAGAGGACAUCGAAACAGCUUUAAAUUCAUCGGAGCACGUCAGACACGAAGUGAUGACUUUACAAGGACAUACUGAUGAAAUGAUUGCUAACAUCAACAAUAUCACUGAAACAGUUGAAACCAGCUUCUCAGCGUCAUACUCCUUAGGGCGGAGUGUAUUAACGAAAAUAAACAGCACCCUUGAUGAUAUGGAAGAAGGCCUGAUGUGCUUUGAUACCGCCAAGAGGGAGGCACAAAAUGCCUCGCACACGGCUGAGAUGGCGUUUAACAUCUCCGAGCAAGCGAAAGAGAUAUUCGACAGCAGCAGCGCGUCAUUACCACCGGUGGCAGCUCAGGUAAACUCGUCCUUCGAAGCAGCAAAUGGAAAUCUGUCAGAAGUACAACAAACUCAUCAGAACUCAGAACAACUGCUAGAUGACGUGACAGAGGCGGAAGAAUUGUUGGCACAGUACAUGGCACAGAGAGACGAACUUGAGAGACUGGGCCUUGAGAUACAGGAGCUUGAAAGAGAGGCUGAUGAUUUGUUGGCUGAGUUUAGUGUGGCCGCUGACCAGUACUCACGUUGUGCGGGCGCAGCAUGAUGACUACCGGAGCAUUUGAAGCUGGUCAGAACAACAGAAGACAUCCACAGUUGUGUGUAUAUUUUAAGAAUAGCUAUUAUUCUAGAGCUUAACAGUCAACUCAACGUCAUACUUUGUGAUGGCCUCUGGAGGCUAAUUUUAUAUGGCUGGCGUCUUUACGCAUUACAUGCUGGCAUUACGAGAAUUCGGUUUAUUAGGGUUCUAGAUCAAAUGUUUUAACAAAUGGUCGUGUUUUGGAGUGAAAACACGAACAGUAGUUCCAAAUCAUUGACAAACGGAAUACUGAGAAUCUGUUUAGAUUAAUAUAUUAUUUAGAGACGGUCAAAUAUUUUGAGGUCGUAUGAAAAUCGGCAGGCACGAAUUAAGUUUGAUAACAUGACCGGUGUUUUUACAUGUAACUAAUGUUUUACGUUUUUUACGAGAUCAGGUUAGUAGUGAAACCCUACUGAAUAUUUUUUAUGACCUACCUAAUGUCCUUUAUUUUUGCGGGGGUGCGAAUUUAGUAAAUUUGGCCACGUAGAAAACUGAGUCAAUUAUAAAGUUUGGAGUUUUUAGUGAAAAAAAAAAA